AUGAACCUAAGCUUUUUUGACCAAUUCACAAGCCCAUGCCUCCUAGGAAUCCCCCUAAUCCUAAUCUCAAUACUAUUCCCCGCCCUACUACUUCCAUCGCCAAACAACCGAUGAAUCACCAACCGUCUUUCCACCCUCCAAUCGUGACUUCUUCAUCUAAUCACAAAACAACUAAUAAUACCACUAAACAAGAAAGGCCACAAAUGAGCCCUAAUCCUCACAUCACUAAUGACACUCUUACUCAUAAUCAACUUACUAGGCCUACUACCAUACACAUUCACACCAACCACCCAACUAUCAAUAAACAUAGCCCUAGCCUUCCCACUCUGACUCGCCACCCUCCUCACAGGAAUACGAAACCAGCCCUCAAUCUCCCUAGGCCACCUACUACCCGAAGGAACCCCCACCCCACUGAUCCCAGCACUAAUCAUAAUCGAAACCACCAGCUUACUUAUCCGCCCCUUAGCCUUAGGAGUCCGCCUAACAGCAAAUCUCACAGCAGGUCACCUACUCAUCCAACUUAUCUCCACAGCUUCAAUUGCCCUACUCCCAACUAUACCAACAGUAUCCAUCCUAACUACAACAAUCCUACUCCUACUAACCCUCCUAGAAGUAGCAGUAGCUAUAAUCCAAGCUUAUGUCUUCGUCCUCCUACUAAGCCUAUACUUACAAGAAAACAUUUAA